AUGGGCACGAAACAACAUAUCGAGGAUAUGAAGAAUAACUCAAGGGAAGAGCAAGCAAAUGCACAGCCUAUUCAUAGCCCCCAUGACGAUGGCUGCGACAAACAGAAGAGCGGGGCGCGCCCAUCUGGUACGCUGCCGGCGUCACAUAAACAGGCAGGGGUCUCGCCUGUCCGUACCCCUUCCACGGUUUCCGUCCCGAAUAUCAUUGUGUUUGGCGAAACUGGCACGGGGAAAAGCUCGCUCAUCAACAUGCUCGCCGGCCAAAGCAUCGCGGGCGUCUCGAAUCAAGCGCUGGGAGGCACCUUCUCCAGUAAUCCGUACGACAUGACGCUCAACGGUGCUCUCUACAGAAUAUGGGACACCGCAGGCCUGAACGAAGGCGAUUACGGGAGUGUUCCGGCCGACGUCGCUCUGGAGAACCUGCGCACGCUCGUGGGCAACAUGUCGGAUGGCAUCAAUCUCCUUGUCUACUGCGUGCGCGGGACGCGCUUCCGCGACAUACUCAAGUUCAACUACGAUACCUUCUUCAGGAUCAUUUGCCAUGGCAAGGUCCCGAUCGUCAUUGUCAUCACAGGGCUGGAGAACGAGUCGCCGAUGGAGACAUGGUGGAACGAGAACCAUAAGGAGUUGAUGGAAUAUGGGCUCAAGGUCGACGGGCAUGCAUGCGUUACGGCUACGAGGGGCAAGAGAGGGAUUUUUGAAGAAGAGUUCAAGGAGUCGCAAGAGAAAGUACGAGAUCUGAUCAUCAAGACGCACUCAAAGACUCCCUGGACGGCUGAUCCCGAGCGUUGGUGGAUGGAUAUUAUCCAGAAGAUGCAGGAAUACAAGGACAAGUACAACCGAAGGGAGGACACAGAUAUGGUGCUAGUUGGCCAAAGUCCCAGAUACACAACACUUGAACGACGCACAGUACCCUCGCCGGGAGAAUUGUUGGACGCAUUUCUAAUGUGGCUGAAGGGGCUGGUAACCGGUGAAGGCUCUCGCAGUGCUAGAGAAUUACAAACUUCCGGAUCGCAUCCACAAGCGCGUCACUUGCCUCCUCCUUACCAGUGA